UUGAUUGACGGGCCUCACAGGAUCACCCAGAGCAACGCCAUCCUGCGCUACAUUGCCCGCAAGCACAACCUGUGUGGGGAGACAGAAGAGGAGAAGACUCGUGUGGACAUUUUGGAGAACCAGGCUAUGGACACUCGCAUACAGCUUGCCAUGAUCUGCUACAGCCCUGACUUUGAGAAAAAGAAGCCUGAGUACUUGGAGACCCUGCCUGAGAAGAUGAAGCUCUACUCACAGUUCCUGGGGAAGCACCCAUGGUUUGCAGGGGACAAGAUCACCUUUGUGGAUUUCAUCGCUUAUGAUGUCCUUGACCAACACCGUCUGUUUGAACCCAAGUGCCUUGAUGCAUUCCCAAACCUGAAGGACUUCAUGUCCCGCUUUGAGGGCCUGAGGAAGAUCUCUGACUACAUGAAGUCCAGCCGCUUCCUCCCCAGGCCUAUUUUUGCAAAGAUGGCCCAUUGGAAUAAAAAAUAGUAAACUGUCAUGACAAGAUUAAAUGGGGAUCCAAGGUUGCCCCUGCUGUUCUGGGUCCUGGGGCACAACUAACUCUCAGCAUCCUGGCAUCUGUCUUCUCAUUCCCUUCUUCUUUCCACAACCUUCUCCUCUGCAAGGCCUCAUUGCCUUCCUUUUCUCCUAAUCAACCCCUUGUCUAGUAAAUCCACUGUUCGUUACAGCUCCCCUUCCUUAUCCCUAUCCUAAAUCCAACCAGACAGUCCUCAGCUCUGCUUUUAGGAGCAUGACUGAGUCCAUGCUCUCCUGCACUGCCCCAACUCCAGUACUACCUGGUGAGCUGGCUCUGGUCCCCAGCAUGGCAGCUGCCCAGCCCUGUCUGACCCCAAUAAAGCCUGGACCACACUU